AUGACCGGUCCCAGCUACGGUGCGCAUGAAGCGCGACACAACAUCCUCCACGAGUUAUCAUUAACAUAUAUGGCCCAAGGCAGAGCCACCAACGCCGCCAACUUGUUGGAAACCAUUCUGCCAGAGCCGUCUUAUUCAUACUCUGAAUCGUUCAUCAACCGCUUGGUCUUGAAUAGCAAUCUCGCGAUGGCGUACGCGAAGCGACCCGCGUACCAGAAGGCCGUUCCGCCGAUCGCCAAUGUCAACAAGAGGCGGAACUCAAUCCUGCCCAACCAUCCAGCUGCGACUCUGAGUCAACAUGACUUAUUCGAAUACUGCCAGCACAUCGACGACAACACCUCACUGUCUGAGAUCUGUGAAGCACAGAACCCGAUGAACCCGUCUCUCAACACCUCUUCCGUCUCCAAAUUCCAACACUGGCGCAGAGCCAUCGGCCUCUCAUCCGACGCUGGAGAUUCCACACGUAUCCCUCUGUUACGCUUUUUUGCUUCAAUACGCUGUAGAGCACUCCAUCUAUGUAGCCGCUGCCUGGGACCUAGGGAUUCUGCUCUUUCACCUUACUAUGAUUCAAUCCCCAGCCAACUGAUUACGCCAACAUGA